AUGACACACUUCUCUGCGGCCCUUCUCGAUCCCAGCCCAUUUGGGAAGGAUGGAAGGAAGGGGGAGGAAGAAAAGGAGGGAUAUCCCUUUACCAUUCCGGAUUUGUGGAAGCCUUCACUCUUUAGCUUGGACGACUCUGCUGAACCCACCUUGUUCCCUAUUGCCCCGCUUCAAGGUCUCUCUCUAGCUUGUCAAUUGUUACUGUUUGCACCUCAAUUACUAACCGGAGCCCCAACAGAAACCGUCCUGAAUAUUACCAAACCUUUGGAUCCCUACAAAGAUGAAUCAGAAGUAAACCUCUUCACCUUCGACCGUGGUCUCGCCGAGCACUUCGCCGACCCCGAUCCUGGAUCCGCAACAGAGGUAGAUUCAAUUGCUUCAACAGCCGGGGAAGCUACAAAACAGAGCUCCUCCGGCACUAGCGAAGAUAUAUGGCUUCAACCCGGAUCUUCUGAACCUCCGGUGAAGGUUUGUGUAGUUCCAUCGAACAUAGGAGCCCGUAACUAAUAAUUCUCAAUAGCCACGGUUUCAAACGUGGGAAUCUUUUCUCUCUGCUGGGGCGAACGACCCUGUCAAUUCUUACCUUUCGGAAGCCGGUCCUCGAAUUUUCGAUGCGGUUCUUACGGAGUACAUGGAUGAUGGAUCUGAGGAAGUCCCCAAAGUUAUGCGCUCGGAUGUCUUCUGCACUGUUUGUAGCCUAGAGACGAGCAACUUUUGGGAUUGGGAGAAGCUUACACAUACUUGCUAUGCAGUGCCUUCUACAUCUUGGUCUCGGCAGAAGCUCAGUGCUAUUCGCGUACGAUCGGAAAAAGGAUGAAUUCCUUCCUAUAACACCACAAUUUCGGAUAUCCGGAUGCACAGCUGGGACAGUUGAUAGGUAUGCUCUCGUCGAACUGGACUCUAGGUAAGACUAAUUCUGACGCCGGAAGCAUCAUAAAAUCCUUCGCGGACUGCGGAAAGAAAACCAAACAACUCGAAAAGUUUGUCGAUGACAUCCACGAAGACUUGGGGUUUGAGCUUACCAUACCCUAUUUCCCUGGGUUCAAUGAUAGGCUAACAACAUGCAAAAGAUCAGCCAAGCCUUCCAUCAUAGCAUUAGCGGAUUGUACAACAGCAGUAGUUGAAUCAAUUCAGCAAAGGCUCUCCGUUAACCCCACAACUAUCAGUAGUAUUCUUCACCUCCACUCUCUCAUGCGUGAACCCGCGCUCAUCAUCGAUACAUUCCAUCAAAUAAUUUCACAAACGGCUGGUAUAUCAGACGAUUCCCGGCUACUUUCUGCGCUAUUUGAAGUAGUCCAGCAAGAGCAGCAUCGAAGUGGAUGGCUGAAAUCCCUGUUGAUGGAAACAUUGGCAAGGGCUACUCGGCCCUGGCUGGAGUUUAUUGAGGAGUGGAUAGGCCUCGGCCGACCAGCAGGAGGCGAAGGUAUUGGGUUUAAAGGACUUGCGGAGAGAGGAUUUUUUGUGAGAAUUGAAGAAGAAACAUACGUGGACGAUAGGGGAUCGGAGCGAACAAAUCGAAACUUUGUAAGAAUUGGAUAUCCAUUCUAGCGAAUGCCUCGCGACGAUUUAACGAUCCAUAGGUUUUCGACAAAGCGAAAGUCCCAUCUUUCAUGAGUGCUGAGAGCGGAGAAUCUGUUUUUGAGAGCGGGAAAGCUCUACGGUUUUUGCAGAAAUUUCACCCAAACCACCCACUGUCGCGACCCAGGGCUGUAGAGGGUGUAAGGGCACCAAAGCUGGAGUGGAAAUUUUCCUGGGAAGACUUAAAUAAGUAAAGCGAUGCCUAUCAUGACUUGAAGCCACGCCUUUCUGACGAAGCGAUAGCUUACAGAGUCAAGCAAUGCACUAUGAGCGGGAGCUUCGAUCGGCUAUCGGUAGGUAUUUUAUGCAGGAGCCAGUGGCAACUGCUCCCAUAGCUGGAAAUCACCAGUCGGCACCGGGAGGUAUUGAGGCGUUUGAAACAUUCGGAAAAUCCAAAGAGGAGAUAGGUGCUAUGAUCGACAAGUCCGUCUCCGCCAUGAAUAACUCUCUUCCCCCCAUCGAGCACCUACACAAAGAGGAUUUACUGCGCACUCUUGUCCUCAAAAUAUCAAGUUCAGAGCUAAGCUCUGAUCCAGAGCACGAUCACCUAACUACAUUUGCACCUCCCAUAUCCAUAACCCCCGUUCUUUCCUUCUCCCAUAUAUUUUCCGUCCAGGCAAAGAUCAUAAAUACUGCCUGCCUUAAUAUGUUUUUCAAGGAACACAAAGUUAGAGAGCACCUCUCUCUUCUCCGAAAGUUCGAGUUGUUUGGCGAUGGCGUUUACUCAAGCAGGCUUAGCCACGCACUCUUCGGCGAUGAGUUGGAUGGAACAGAGAAACGUGGAGGGAUUCACAGAACUGGAGGGACUAUGGGAUUGAAGCUAGGAAGCAGGGAUAGUUGGCCUCCCGCGUCCUCCGAACUGCGUUUAGCAUUAAUGGGAGUUCUCAACGAAAGUUUCAACAACUCACAAACCAAAGGUGGGAUACAUCAUGCCGGCAAAGACGGCGAUCUACCGGGAGGAUUGAGUUUUGGGGUUCGAGAUAUGACAGUGGAGGAGUUGGAGAGAUGUAUGGACCCGAACGGCUUAGAGGCGCUGGAUUUCCUGAAGCUACAAUACAAACCACCCUCUCCACUCGAUGCUAUUAUUACUACGACAGCGCUGUAUCAGUAUGAUCGACUCUUCAAACUACUGCUCCGAGUCCUACGCAUGCUUUUCGUGGCAAAUAAGCUCUUUCGCGAUGCAACUUCCCGUGCCAGCCACUGGCACACAGUAGAUCCCGUCGCCCAGAAAUUCCGGAUCGAAGCACACCACUUUGUGGACACUGUUUGCAGUUACAUGUUUGAGACAGGGGUUCGGUCCGCCUGGCGAAGGUUUGAAGAUAAACUCCAGGACAUAGAAAGGAAGCUAGACUCGCCUGAUCCAGAUCUCGGAACAGAGGGGAUCGAGAGGCUGCGAGUGUACCACGAGAGUAUACUUGACAGGAUAAUGUUUGCGACACUCUCUAGAAAGCGCCAGGCACCCGUAAUGAAGCUUAUGGAGGAUAUAUUCGCCUCGAUUCUCACGUUUGCAAAGUACUCACACGACAAAUCCGUUGGGGCUCCAACCAGCGAUGAUGAGGGAAUCCCAGCACUGUAUACCGGGUUCAAGAGAAGAGUUGGUAUAUUCAUUAGUGUUUGUAGGGGGCUAAGUGAGAAGAGGGGUUACAGCGAUGGUAAGAAGGAUUCAGAGGGUAGAAGAGCUGUUGAUGCGAUCUUUGGAAGAGGCUAUAAGGAGGAAGGAAAUUUGCUCUCAAUGCUGCUCUUGAAGCUAGAGAUGACAGGGUACUAUACAGAAACGGGGAAGGGCGAGGGAGAAAAGGUCAAGGAGGGACGAAAGAGAUGAGGGGCAUUGAGGGCCGAGUGACCCAGCAUGAUGUUGUCUUAUAUACUAACACGCUAAUACUUUCUGGCAGUAAAAUGCCGUCUCCAUACCGUUAUCAAAGCUAAAAAGUGCCAAAAAGCUCGGGGCUAGCAAAUUAGCAUCCAUAUACUUCCAACCUAUUGCAAAACGUGGAGCCCUUCGUGCUCAAGAAGUAGAAACAGCCCAUCGUACCUGAAAGGGUAUCCUCCCAGUUGAAGGGGAGAAAAACGCCGGUAAUCCCUUCCUCCAAUGCGCAUUGUAGCUCUCGAUAUACCCCCCUACAAUAUCCGACAAAGGAAAGGCCCCUCUCGUCCUCCUCUCCAACAGGCUCAGAACCUUCUCAACUCUCGAAUAACUGCAUCCAAAUCCUCCGCCGCCUUUUCCCUCUCCCGCACGGCCCUACACCUCUCCUCCUCCGCCUCCUUCAACUCGGUCUCCAAAUUCUUCAACCGCUCCUGCUGCUCGUCCUCAGAAACGCCAAUGCCCGGUAGGGAGGUGAUCAGGAACUCGAUCUGCUUGGAUUUGAAUAUUAAAUCACGGGCGAGUUCGACCUUUGCGGCUGUAGGAAUUAUUGUUAUUAGCUUUUGCAUUUCGUGGAAGUCGGGGAGAGAGCGCGGGGGUACCGUCAAAUGUGGAUUUGUCGUCGAUAACAGCUAUUGGGUGUUAGCGGUGGAUAAAUGGGGAAGAAGGGGGGGCAAUGCCGGUAUCGUCGGUGACUUUCGCUUCGCUACCGACGGGUACUGCGUCGUGAUGGGUACCGAUGUAACGAAGGGCGCUGAAGAAUUGGGUUGCCAUCUGGGGUUGGGUUUUUUUGUCAGCUUAGUUCUGGAAGGAGGAGGGGUAGAGUUGCGCGUGUACACGGAGAUGGACGGAUGAGGGGGGGGAGUACCUGAUCGAUAGCGUCUUGAAGCUGGGAUAGUCUGUCUGCCAUCGUGUUUUGCUAUCGUGUCGCUGUGAUUGAUGGUCUGUGGAUGGUUUCCGGCAGCUGCUUGUCUUUGAGGGAGGCAGGUAUGAUACGAGUAGAUGGGUGGGCAGGUGUGGUAGGCGGUAAGGUUAAAGUUAAGCUGAGCUCGGGAAUGCGUUUCGUUCUUUC